UUUUCCUUUCCAAUAUGUACAAAAAUUGAAAGCGUGUAUGUAAACUUUAAAUAUUAACACCUCGAAGUGUGGAAAAAUAAGAGAACGCAACUUAAGUAAAGAGCUGAUUGCCAAUAAUACACAAGUCGCAGUCGAAACCGCGCACCCGGUGUGACAAAUACUUUUUCGAAAACGUUUUCAGACAAAAGCAGCUUGCUAAACGCAACCACAAUAACAGACCUACUUACAUAUAAUACAUUAACCACGAACGAAAAGUGAAGAAGCAUAAAAUAUUUAUAUAAAAAAAAAAAACAAAAAAAAAAUUAAAUGGUAGAUAUUUGCAUUGAAAUACCGCAAAAAUUGCACAAACAUAUGAAUAUUAAUUUUGUUGUUGUUGUUAUUGUUAUUGCUGCCUACGCAUAAACAUUAAACUAUUUCAAUCGCCGUCAGACGCAGUCAAACGCGCACCAGUGCAACUGCAAUCAGAGCAAUAUUUGCCAUUGCAAUCGCCACAGCAACAGCCCCUUUUACAGCAACAACAACGCAAACAGCAAUAAACGCAUUUACAUACAUAUAUAAUAAGCAGAUAUUAAGCAGCAAGAGUCAUCACAAACGCAAGCGCCGCAAACGCAACAAAGCGACGACCGCGCGACAGCACCGAGGCAACGAACGAAGCCCCUAUGCGGUGGCGCGAUCGCUGCCCCAACACUAAACGAACGCGUCAUUGCAUAGCGCAACAAACCGUUCGAUGCGCGCGCGUGCUUGUACGAUUGAUAAGCGAACGCAGAGUAUAAAAAUUGAGGGCUCACCAUUUCCGACGUUUAGUGUGUGGCUGCUCUUUCAGACGGAACGCAACGCGGCGCGGAUCGUAAGGCGCGUUGGAAAAUAGCGAAAAAUUUACAAAAACAAAAUAAAAUAUAACAACAUAAGGCGUGCGCGCUUGCUCACGUAACGUAAGAAAAAGUGUCAAACAGCAACGUAACGUAAAGUGUAACGCAAUUGUAGUGAUUUGAAAACAGAAAAGGUAUACGAAGAAAAAGGUGAAUAACAAAAGCUAAUGCGCGAGAAUUUAAUUAUUUUCAUAUUGUCAAAGCGAAAUAAAGUUUACAAUAAAAUUGAAAAAAAUUUACAUAAAAAUUGAAAUAACCACCAACGUUGCAUUGCGCUAGUGCGCGCAUGCGCGACUAUACUGCAAACAGAAGUUUAACGAAAGUUGCUGCGCCAACAAGAAACACUUUGAAUUGUCAAGCCAAAGCAAAAAUAUUGCAAAUACUUAAAACAACUUAAUGUAAAAAAUAUGCAAUAAUCAAAGUGACACACGCAUACAUAUAAAAGAGAAAAGACAAAGGAAGAACGAGUUUUCGAAAUUGUUGAAAUUUUUUGGUGAAAGACUUUUAAAGACCACCGGCCACCACAAAUGCAGGCAACGCUUCCCAAAAGCCGUCAUAACGGCAUAAACAAGUUUAUUGCCACACAUUUCUUUGUACAGCCUAACUGACUCACCGCUCUGCGCGCCCUCGGCGGUCUUUCGCUUUUUAAUUUGUUUGUUUUAAUUUCUACGUUCAUUGACGGCGCCACUUGAAAAGUGAACUGAAAUGCCCGCGGUACGCUUCAAAGUCAAAGGCAAAUCGUGCAACAAGCUAGCGGCUCAGUGGAAACGCAGCAAAUCGCUCACUAACUGCACGAAAGUGCCUCCUGCGCAGCGACAGCGUUAGCGUCAGCGUCCACCAGUUCGAAUUCUGGAGUUGCGCGUCGCGUUUCCAAAUAAACUGCAUUGUUGUCAACUUGAAGUUUAGUUUAUUUUAAAUUGGUGAUUCAGUAUAUUUACUUUUUGACUUUUUAUUCUCAUUUGUGGUUUGUAUAGCCGGAGACAGCGCGUCCUUCAGCAAGCCACACUUGUUCGUUCACAUCGCCACAAAAACUCAACUAUCCCCUUCCUACGCCCCACCAACAAAAUGCUACGCUGUCAGUACUGUUCAUUUAGCGUGUUUGUGCUUUUCGCGCUCACAAAUGCUUUCGAUAUCACACGCAUGGAACCCAUUGCUGAUAAAAACAUACAAACCGGAAAUCGUAUGCUCUAUGAAAGGGAAAUCAACGCGAACAUUUCUCAAGCGGAGGCAGCAGAAGAGGAUGCAGCAGAUGGUGUGCUCGAUGUAAAUGAGAUUCCAGUGCGUUUCGAUGAUGCACAACUGUGGCGUAUCUAUAAUAUAUCAGAGCAUAUGCAGAACAACAUGCCACUGGCAGAGAUGCUGGAGAGUCAAUUUGGUGGCGUUAUUUGGAAGGAAAAUUCGAAAUUCCUUGAUAUAUCCAUCAAUAAGGAGAACUUGAAAGCAGCGCGGAGCUAUCUCUCUGAGCACAACAUCGACAAAGAAGUGGUACAUACAAAUAUACAGGAGCUGAUCGACGCUGUAGAAUUAGAGGGCAUUAAGGCGACCCAGGCAGAGGCGGGUAGUCGUACAAAGAAACAAACACGUAGCGGUAUUAAUUGGAAGGAAUACCAUGAUUUGGAAACGAUUUAUGCGUUCAUGCGUGAAGUACGCAGCAAAUUUCCGAAAAUCUGUCGUUUGUACUCCAUUGGAAAGACAGCGGAGGGACGUGAUCUGAAGGUGUUGAGAAUCUCGGAGAACCCACGAGAGUACAAAAAGAUCUGGAUCGAUGGCGGCAUUCACGCACGCGAGUGGAUCAGUCCGGCAACAGUUACUUUUAUACUUUAUCAGAUAUUGUUAAAAUGGGGGGAGCAACCAGCUUAUAUAAAGGAACGCACCUGGUACUUUAUGCCCGUUGUGAAUCCAGAUGGCUACGUCUACAGUCGCAAUGUGAAUAGAUUGUGGCGUAAGAAUCGGUCACGUAACUCAGAUUCAAAUUGUUUUGGUGUGGAUUUGAAUCGUAAUUUCAAUAUUAAUUGGAAUGGACGCGGCUCGUCGACAAAUCCGUGUAGUGACACAUAUCGUGGCACAAUAGCCGCCUCUGAAUUGGAAACGAAGGCGGUGGAGAAUUUCCUGUUACGACGCAAACAUAACCUAGAAGCUUAUUUGACCUAUCACAGUUACGGUCAACUCAUUGUCCAUCCGUGGGCAUAUAAAGCGGCGAAGGUGAAGAAUUCUGCCGCGUUGCAACGCGUUGGCCAAACGGCUGCACAGCGCAUUCUCAGUAAGACCGGCUCAGUAUAUCGCAGUGAUGUGACGUAUGCGCUUUUGGGUAUUGCCGGUGGCGGUUCGGAUGAUUGGGCGCGCGCAGCUUGUGAUGUCGAAUAUGUUUACACCGUGGAGUUGCGUGAUACCGGCGACUAUGGUUUUCAACUACCGCCGUCGCAGAUACGCGGCACUGCCGAGGAGGGCCUGAUCGUUGUGGAAACUGUAGCUCAGGCUAUUAAACUUUAAUCUAAUUUAUUUCUUUAUAAGUAUUUCUGUAUAUAUGUGUGGGCAUGUGUGUGUGAUGUGUGCGUGAAUGUUUUAAAGAAAAAAAAACUAAAUAUAUACAGACAAAUUUAACAAUAAGCUAUAUGCAUAUAUACUACAUUAUAUAUGCGUUUAAAAGAAAC